AUGACUCUUUUCAAAUUUGAUGAAGAAAUUUCGAAGUUUACCAGUAACGGGUCGUGUGUCAUUUUGCCUGAUGAGCUAGAUGACACACAGAGCAAUAAUAGUCACCAUCAAGAGUAUGGUUCAUACGUCGAUGAGCCCUCACAAGAGUUACCAUGGUAUAAAAAUUUAAUGUCUGCUAAUCCAACGGCGUUGCCGUCUAAGAAUGAACCAUCAACUUCUCCGAUAUUUCAUCCAGGCACAUCUUCUAAUAAUAAGGGCAAUACGACAUCGACACGCAUUAGAAGGAGGUCUUCGCUUUAUAAUAAAUUCCCCAUUAAUACUCCACCAAAUACGACAAGGUUUUCUUUAUCAGUAGAGGAAGAGCCGGCUAUUCAAGAGUUUUAUCGGAGCAGCCCAGACUUCAAAACAAAACAUGCCCCCAGGAAACUCGAGGAUUUCAAACCAAUAAGGGUAUUGGGGAAAGGUGCCUACGGCAAAGUUCUAUUGGUGAAGGACCAGUUGACCAACAAGCUUUAUGCAAUUAAACAGUUGAAAAAGGCAGAAAUAUUGAUUACACAGCAGGAAGGAAUAGAUGAAUAUGCAGAUGAAGACAACACAAUAAACACAACAAUCAAGAAAAGAGUAGAACGUACUUUUGCUGAACGGUCUAUACUUUCCCAAUUGGAACACCCAAAUAUUGUCAAGUUAUUUUAUUCAUUUCAUGACCAUCACAGACUUUAUCUUCUUUUACAAUAUAUUCCAGGUGGUGAGUUAUUUUAUCAUUUAAAGGAGCAAGGUACUUUGGACGAAACUACUGUCGCAUUCUACGCUGCAGAACUUAGCUGUGCACUAAAGUUUUUGCAUGGAAAAGGUAUAGUUUACAGGGAUUUAAAGCCCGAGAAUUGUUUGUUAAAUGAAAGGGGCCAUUUAGUGUUGACGGACUUUGGUCUUUCUAAGAAAAGUGUUCACCAACCGGAUUAUCCAAUAUCAGGUGAAUCUGUGAACGAAUUAUAUUCUAUUAUUGGAACUCCUGAAUAUUGUGCACCAGAAAUUUUAGAGGGUCUGCCUUAUACACAAAACUGCGACUGGUAUUCGCUAGGAAGCUUGGCAUAUGACAUGUUAAUUGGAAAGCCGCCCUUUACAGGAAUUAAUCACAAGGUAAUAUUAAGUAAAAUUCAGAGAGAAAAAAGUGUCAAGUUACCUAGCUACCUUAGCGAUGGGAUGAAAGAUUACUUGAAUGCAUUGUUGAAAAAGGACACCUUAAAGAGGUGGGAUGUCGAUAUUUUUUGGAAUAAGGAGGGUCCAAAAACUAAGAAAAAGAAGGCAGGACAAACCAAGACUACUGCUUAUCAAUCACAUUUUAUAUUUCGUAAAAUUAAUUGGAAACUAAUGGAGAACGGUGAGUUGCAGAAAACUACAGUUGGUCCUAUAUUGCCUGUUAUUACAGAUUGGGAAUUGGCCGAGAAUUUUGAUUCAGAGUUUACUGAACGGAGGUUGGAUAGCGAAGACUUUCAAGCAAAUGGUAUAGCUAUUCAAGAUCAUCGCACAAAAUAUUUUAACGAACCAAACAAAAAUGAUAUAUUUAAGGGCUUCAGUUUUGUAGCAAGUAGAAGUUACCUAGAUAGGUACUUCUGA